AACCAGAGCGCGCGCUCGCGCGAGAUUCGAUUUGUUUUGAUGAAACAGCUGAUUUGACUUGAAAAUAACAGCCGGUGUUUAAUUCAGCAACAAAAAGUUAAAAGAUCAUCAUUCUAAAUUGCACUUGCUUCAUUUCAGAGGACAGAAAUAAUUCAAGACUCAGUGGGUUGCUCCAAACACCGGUUUAAUCAUCAUUGACUGCCUUAACUGCAACUGCAGGUUUGAUCUCAAGUCAAAGGAUAAGUCAUUGAUGCGAACACAACUCUAACCAUGGCUUCAGAAGAUGAUCAAGCAGAGGAUAACUCUGCCACCUUUUUGAUGUCCCUCUCUUACCAUCGCAAUGUGAUGCGGAAUCACCGUAAGAAGGCUGCUGCUGCUGCUCAGCCCGUAUCAAGAUUAGCUGCAAGGAGGCAUAUGGUUGCACCCCAGAGUGUUGUCCUACCAGCCCAUCUUCAACAUCUUCAGGAAAAGGGUCCCUCAGAUAACAAGUUAGAUGGGGCGACACUCGUGAGACUAGAUUCGAUGCGAAGUGCACAUGCCUAUCAAGCUCAUGGCAUCAACAAACAGGAGGAUAAUGAAAAGGUGGAACUUCAGACCAGAAGAGACAAGAUCCUCCGAGAUGCGGGAUUCUUACGACGUCAGCUCUAUGAUUUGACAGAGUCUCCUAUCUUUACCGGUUUCAUCCUCUGCAUUAUCUUGUUCAAUACAUUCAUACUGUGUGCUCUCACAUUCAGUGUUGUUGAAGUUAGAGCAGGUUGGCAUUUCAAGUUUAUUGACUACAUUCUUCUUGUCGUCUACUUCAUGGAGUCUGCUCUCAAGAUCUAUGUUUGGCAUUGGGACUUCUUCAAAGAAAUGUGGAAUGUUAUGGACUUCCUGAUUGUGGUAUCCAAUGUUGCUGACUUUGGGAUCGAGAUCUUCUACGGGGGUACUGUUCAGAUCCUUGCCAUCUUGAGUAUCUUCCGAGCCAUGCGAGCAUUGAAAGCUCUAAGGGUUCUCAGAACAGUCAGGUUUCUACGAAGCUUGCAGGUCAUCAUGAAUACUUGUCUUGAAUCAGUUCAGUCCAUGGGAGCCAUCAUCAUGCUCAUCUCUCUCUUUCUCUAUAUCUUUGCUGUGAUUGGUCGCGGUUUGUAUGCUGAGAUUGACAAGGAGAGAUUUGGAAACAUUGGAUCCGCUGCUCUAACUCUGUUCCAACUUCUUACAUUGGAUGAUUGGUUCUAUAUCUACUCUGAUGCCGUAGCUAGAGAUCCAAAUAACUUUCACAUUAUUUUCUACCUGAUAACCUACAUCGGUCUGGAGUAUUUCAUCUUUCUCAAUCUGUUUGUAGCAGUAUUGGUAGAUAAUUUCCAACUGACCUUGGAUGCAGCCAGUGAAAAGGAGGCUCUCAGAAAAGCAGCCUUGAAAGAGGCGGAAGAUGCUCUGUUUGAUGAUGGAACACAUUCAAAUCCACUGGCUGCUAAACCAACAGUCUCUUCUAUAACUAAUGCCAACAUCACGAUAAAAACCAUUGAUGAUUACUAUGACGAAGACCAUUACACUACAAGUGAUAAGAAAUACCUUGGUCACUUCCUACGACUGCUUGCUGCUAUUGAACAAAAUGGGCAUAUCUUGCGUAAUCAACAAGGAACUUUGGACAAAGUCAUUCUCUUAGUUCAAGAUACGAUGGAUGAUGCAUAGAAUGAAACAGCUACCUUGACCAGACAUUCGGAAAGAGACAUCUAAAGAGUACAAUUCUUUAUUCUUGAAACUUUGCAAAACAAGUUUUAUAUCUAGGGGUAAUAUGAUAACAAUUUUGUUUUCCUUGUGAUCCGAAGUAUAUAUCCCUUAUCUGAAUUGUGGCACCAAAUUCAAGAUAUUUGUACAUUUUUUACAAAAAUGAAGGAUGAAGUAUGAACGAAAAUAUUUGCCCCUUCUCGAUUUUAGCGUACUUCUGACUGAAUUCACCUGUCUGGUUGGUUCUUUGAAAAAGACAUUAAGGCUUUCAUUACCCUUCCAUUCUCAAAACUUUUACUGCAAUGGCAACUUCCACUAUACAGUGUAUAUUUAUUCUGAUUCCGUACCAUAAGUCAAUGAGGCUAACCAGGGAGUAUGUCAUGAUUUUAAAAUAUUAGCGGCGGGUGUAAAGGGCAACCCUCAUGUUUAAGUUGAUUAAAAUAGAAAGCAUGAAGAGAAACAAGCAAAAAUUUGAAAAAUUCCAUCAUAACUGGAUAAUGAAUAACAAAAUUACAGCAAUCGGAAGUUUGGAUUGCUCCAAAAAAAUUGAAUGAGGCUGUGGGGCGAAGGAGUUUGAUUAUGAUGUGACAAGCUCAUUGUCACCUUACCUGCAUAGCAGAAGUGAGACUGGCGGUGCUUUUCUAAUUGCGGCAUAGCCGUCAUCAAAUCUUAACCAAAGUUAAGUUUUAAAAUGUCAUCAUAACUUUGAAAGUAUAAGGACUUAUUUCAUGAAAUUUGGACAUAAGGUAAUGAAGUAUCACUGAUCAUUUGACAUGUGUUAAAGGUCACAUGAUCAAAGUCAAUGUCCAAAUAGGGUCAAUGGACUCUGAACAUGUUAUAUCAACAUAAAAAUAGACAAUAUCUAAAGUAUAAUUUCCUAUAUCCUAAUACCCACAUAUAUUCCAUUAGCCAGUGUAUGAAUGUAAUUUCAGUUCUCUAGGGAAAGGUCAAAGGACAUUUGUUGGUCAAUAAAGUGAUAAAAAAUAAGCAAAGCUGAAUAUUUUGAAUUUUCAAGAAUGUGUUGAAAUUACAAGUAAUCUAGUACUAAUAAUUUAAACUUUGAUAUAAUGGUUAACAUGUAUCAGAAAUUAGAUGAGUAUAAUUUCCGAUUACUGGGUUAAGGAAAUAUUAAAUUUAUAUUUAUUCAUUAUCAUCAGAUAAAAUGAAACUGUUAUGAGAUGGUUAUUGGAUAUCACAAAUGAUAUAAAAUGAAAAACAAGUCAUGUCAAAGGUCAUUUAAGGUCAGCAAACUUAAUUUUUAAUUAUUAUUUUUUCUUUAUCUUUUUAGAACAAUUAUUCUUUUCUAAGUCAAGGCUGCUGCUCUUUUGAAUCAUAUAAUGCAGUCUAGACUGCCAAAGACGUUCCACUUGUUUUCAUUUGUUUUCUUUCUUUUUUUACAAGGUGGUGACUUGUUUAUUGAUAGUUUGUUUUAACUUGAAAUUUUCUGUGUUUUUUUUAUUUCAAUUUUCUAUUUUCAUUUGUUUUUUUAUUUAAAAUUCUCAUAUUUUGUUUUCUUUCUCAGAGAAUCUAGAGCAAAGAAUAAGCAAACACAUUUUCAGUGGCUUACAUUUAUAAUCUUCUUAUCGGUUUGAACUUGUGAUUAAUGUAUUGGGUGCAUGUAUUCAUUUCUCUUUUUAAAAUUAGGAAACCAAGCCUUUCAGAUACUGGAAUUAGUUAUAUGUAACUAAAUAGCAUAGAAUUUAUAAAAGUCUGAGCUGGUCAUGGUGACAUCAAACCGUUCAUACUGUCCAUUAUAAUUUAUUGAAAAAAUAAAAUUUAUUGUCAUAUUGAAAAUGAAUCUUCAUAAGCAAUUUGUGAAUGCUGCACAUCAAAAAAAAAUUAUUGAGAUAUCAAAUAGUAUAUAUUUUCAUUAUUUAUAGUAUAUUCUAUAUGUAC